ACAAAGGCCCAUGGUCUCAGUUUUGUUUACAGACAUUUCCAACGUCCAUUGUGACUGUGAAGAAAUGGGCCAUGAUGAUUCACCUGGUUAUUGAUUAACGCAUCAGAAAAUGUUCGUAUUGGCAGAAAGAGAAGACCUUCCCGUAUGCCGUUCAUUUCAUCAUUAGAAAAAGAACACAACCUUUCUAAUGGCUGGAAUACUUGAACAGCCUGAGUGGUCAGCCUAUGCACACACAGGGAAGGUGUGGUCAUGGCUGUUGAUUACCUGACACAGUGGAAGACUGGACUGAGUUAGAGAGAGAAGACAGAGAAGAAGGAUAUCAAGCAAAGGCUGGAAAGGAACAUUUGUUGUGAGAAACAGGAACUGUCAACAUGGCAUAUUACCAGCCUGGUCCUCAGCCUGGGCCCACAAAUGGCCCACAGUACAUCAAUUAUGGGUUUCAAAGUGGGGAGGGGAGACCCCCUCCAUAUGCUCCUCCAACUGGAAAGACCAGCUACCACUCCUCCGCUGUUCCAAUGUACCCACCACAGCCCAUCAACACACACCAAACCAUGACUCCUGUCCAACCUCCCCAACAAACCAGGAAAGCAGGCCGAAAGAACAGUUGCUGCAAAACAGCAGUGUGCACUGUCUUAAUCCUCCUGCUUAUCCUAGCGGUGAUAGGAGUACUGAUCUGGUACUUCGUGUGGUACCAGUGUCUGCUGGGAAAGUCCUGUGGGAACAACGGCAAGUGUCUCAGUGCCUCCCAGUGGUGUGACGGUGUGAAGGACUGCCCAAAUGAAGAAGAUGAAUCGAAAUGCUUUCGCCUCCAUGGAACAAACUUCCUGCUGCAGGGGUACUCGUCAGAAAGCCAAACAUGGAAGCCUGUGUGCCAUGACUUCUGGAAUGACCAAUACGGUGAAACUACAUGCCAGCAGAUUGGGUACAAGAAGGAGAGUUACGUCAAUUCUACCUCAGUAAGCUCUGCCUCCUAUAACGGCUAUCUGACAUUGAAUCAUAGUUCUUACCUGGGCCCUUAUGUACAGGCACAACUAAGCACUAAUUUCUGCCAAGCCAACAGAGCAGUCAGUCUACGGUGCAUAGACUGUGGGCAGAGCACCGCGGCCCCCAGGACCCGCAUCGUUGGGGGGGAGGUAGCAGCCAGGGGUGCCUGGCCAUGGCAGGUCAGCCUGCAGGUCCAGGACCAGCACCUGUGUGGGGGCUCCAUUAUCAGCUCGGAGUGGAUCCUCACAGCAGCUCACUGUGUGGAGAAGUUUUCGAGUCCUGGUCUUUGGACAGUGUACGCUGGAUAUUUGACCUUGUUUGAGAUGUACCCUGCUACUGGCAAUUCAGUCAAUCGUAUCAUUGUUCAUGAAAAGUAUGACCAAAACACCAAUGACAAUGAUGUUGCUCUGAUGAAACUCUCCAGGCCUCUGGUAAUGUCUGAUACGGUGAGACCAGUUUGUUUGCCCAACGUUGGUUUGGACUUGACUCCUGAACGACAAGCCUGGAUCUCUGGAUGGGGGUCUUUGAGGAGUGGAGGGUCAGCCUCCAACAACCUGAUGCAGGCCCAGGUGACUAUAUACAGGACCGAUACCUGUAACAGGCCGGAGGUGUAUGGCGGACAGGUUACCAGUUCCAUGAUCUGUGCUGGAAAACUGGCAGGAGGGGUGGACUCAUGUCAGGGGGACAGUGGAGGACCUCUUGUCGUCAAGGACGAUGUUCGAUGGUGGCUGGUUGGGGACACUAGCUGGGGAAUAGGGUGUGCACUUAGGAACAAGCCAGGAAUUUAUGGAAAUGUGCCCGAUUUUCUUGAUUGGACAUAUACACAACUAAAGAACAACUAAUGGAGAUGCCAAUGAACAUGGAACAUUCCAGUGCCUGUUGACUUGAAUUUUUCAGGGAUAGUGUAUUUUGUCCAUGUUUGAUAAAGAUACUGUAUAUUAUUUGACUUAUUUGAUUACCCUCAUGAGAUUA